CUUACUAGUUGGGCUAGGAUAAUUUUAAAGUGAAGUCAUUCUGAUGUUAAAAUUAUAAUCUUCAAAAAGUCAUUUGUAGCUAUGUACUUAAACUAUUUUAAUUUGUAAAUUGUUAAUUUAACAUAAAAUUUUAAUGACUUAAAAAUCUAUUCAAUUUGAUAUUGAAAUAAUUUAUAAUUUUACAAUGGCGUCAACAAAUUAUUUAACGGUAAAAACGCAUAUCUCAGAAUUUAAGAAUAGUUCUGAUAAAGAUACCAUUAGUGAAGCAUCCGAGAGUGGAACUAGCAACUCCGUGACGUCAGCAGAAGACUUACAGAAAUUAGCAGUAAUACUUGGAUUGAAUAGCGCUGAGGAUGUAUAUCAAGAAAGAUUUCGAGUUGACCGGCGACGAUUGGAAGCUAUGCUUGCUGAAAACUUGGAAGAAUCGCAAACUGCUCAAGCCUUUUUUCAUAGGGUCAUGAAUGACACAAACACGCUAAUAAACUGGCCCGCGCGACUAAAAAUUGGAGCUCGGUCAAAAAAAGAUCCUCACGUACGUAUCGCAGGCCGGUCUGAUGAUGUAAAACUUGCAAGAGAGAAGAUUAUGCAGUUACUGGACACAAGGAGUAACCGUGUCACGAUGAAGAUAGACGUGAGCUACACCGACCACUCGCACAUCAUUGGGAAGGGAGGAUUGACGAUCAAACGCGUGAUGGAGGAGACGGGCUGCCACAUCCACUUCCCGGACUCCAAUCGUACCAGUACGCAGGAGAAGAGCAACCAAGUGUCCAUCGCUGGCGAUAUGGAACGCGUGGAACGAGCGCGAGCUCGCGUCAGGGCUCUGACCCCGCUGGUGUUCAGCUUCGAGUUGCCGAUAGCGCCGUCGCAGGCGCAGCCUGAUAUCAACUCGCCCUACGUGCAGCAGAUACAGGAUCAGUAUAAUGUCCAGGUGAUGUUGCGCAACCGUCCGAAACUCCACGCCAACUUGCUGGUAGUGAAGGGGGUACAGUGGGAAGUGCAAGCUACAAUGGAAGCCACCUCGCUGCUCAUGAACUACAUGUGCGGCCAACUGGCGAGCCAAACCCAAGUCCAAAUGACCCUGGAGAUAUCGCCAAUGCACCACGCGGUGGUGAUAGGUCGCGGUGCGGACCAGUUGAAGGUCAUCAUGAAGGGCACCGGCACCCAGAUCAUGUUCCCCGACGCGGACGACCCCAACAUACCGUCCCUUCGCAAGAGCUGUGUUACCAUCACCGGCCAGAUCAAAGACGUUUACUCCGCGAGACAACAGCUGGUGGGCAGCCUCCCGUUAGUCGUGAUCUUCGACGUGCCAGAGGAGAGCUGCCGUGCUGACGGCGAUGCGACCGCGCGUUUGAUGAGCAAGCACAACGUGUAUAUCACCGUACGCCGCAAGCCGAAGCAGGGCAUCGCCUCCGUCGUCAUCAAGGGGAUCGAGAGAUGCGCCGGCGAUAUCUACGAAGCCCGUCGGGAACUACUCGGUGGGAAGGAACCUUCAAUCAAUGCGGAAAUCCCCGAAUCAUACAGCAUACCUUCAAUAAACAAGACAAUGCCGAACUUCGGGGCUUUCAAUCCGUUCUCCCCAACCCAAGUGAACGCAAUAACUAAUUCGCCGCGAUCUCCAUACAACCUUCAAUUGGUGACCGACUUGGCCAACUACGCCAACCUUGGCAGUCCAAUGUACGGCCACAAUCCGCCAACGCCUGGAGGAUACCCAGCGCCGAUGUCUCCGUUGGCUGUCACACCGCCAAUGUUCCCGGGAUGGAUGAUACCAUCGCCGCAGCCUCGCCCCGGGCCGUUCCACUUCCCGGGUAUGACCGCAGCGCCCGGACCGGUCAUGUCCUGGAAUCCGAUGUCUGGUACAGCGGAUGUACCACCUUGUCUACAAAUGCCACACGAUCCGAGACACAUGCUGAACUCAAGCUCUCAAGCGAGCAGCGGGUAUCAGAGCAACUUCACUGGCAGCUCCGUUUCACUCGACACACAAAACAUUUCCGGUGGCGACGGCAGUAACGUAGGUUCCCCAUCAGUGUCGCCUAUCAGCAAAAUCCACAGCCCAACGCCAUCUACAGACACUGAGCGCACGCAACAUGAUUUAGCGAACAUAAUAUCCGAUCUGCCGAUAUCGGACAGACGUGCGGUGGGAUGCGAGAAGAAAACUCUGGAGUCGCUCAAGAUGUCCCCGCCCUCAGAGUACAGGAAGAUGCAGGCCGAAGCCAAUAAGGCCAUGCACGAGUCUGUGGGGGGCGGGUACAGAGUGCCAACCAACCGCUGGUCGGGGUACUACUUCAGCCACACCUCGCCGGGGCCCUUGAACCUCAACGAAAGCGAAGGGAUGACAACGCCCGAAAAGGGUUGGAACAGAUCGGAGUUGUCGCGCCCCAACAUAAUGGUGACGUCACCGCCACAAAAAGCCACGCCGUCGCCACAGAAGCCGCAGAACCAGAAGCCGUGCCGCUACCAGCAGUUGUACGACCUGCUGAGCGACAUCGGCCUCUACAAGUACAUUGAACUGUUCCAAAAGCAUGAGCUAGACAUGUCGACUUUCGCGUCACUGAACGAGGCCGACCUUAUGGAGAUCGGCGUGACUGCGUUCGGCGCUCGCAGGAAGAUGCUGUUAAUCAUCGCUGACCUGCAAAAACAAUCGAGCGCCUACAAAGGAAACGCCUCGCCAAAGGAAGUGAAAAUGAACUCUCCCCCGCAAUACAAUACGACUGCGCUGGCGCAGGAAAAAUGGUAGGUCUGCGGAAGAUCUACAAACAUACGAAAUUUAAUAUAAUACUUAUGAGAUUAAAAGCGUAACAGCGUAUGAUUACAUUCUCACAGAAAAUAAUAGAUUUUGUUUAUAUGUAGGUUUAACUUUAUUAAAUUGUCUAUGCAUAUUUCUCGCUUACAAUAUAUUGAAUAGUUUCAAAGUCAUAGACAAACAACAAAGUUGGUAACGUUCUUUAUUUAAAUUUGUUUGUCCUGUUUUAGUGACGUUCAAUAACUGUGCACCUCCGAGGUUAAAUCUACAUGAUCGUUGUAUUUGAUGAUGUAAAGACUUUAUUUAAAUAGAUAUACUGUCUACUGAUGUAAAUGCAGUUAGUAGUACAAUAUUUGCGAUAAAAAAAAAAUCAUUUUUAUACUUUAAGAACUGAAAAAUUCGCUAAUCUUUUUUUUAAAGUCAAAAAUAAGACCUAGAACGUGUAUUUAAAAUUAUGAUUUUUCUACAUUUAUGUGAUCACAUUAUUCAAAGAGACGUACAAUAUUGAUGCGUAUAUACAAUUAUUUAUAUUUACAUAGUGUGGACUUUAAGUACACUUCCCAUUGUUAAUACCAUCGAGUACUACAUAUGUAAUUAAUGAGCUACUAAAGCAAGGGCAAAAAAACACAUUGCGAGAGAUUAGAAAAAUACAGUAUUUCAGUCUUUUAUGAGUUAUAUCAUAUUUAAUGAAAUAUGUUAUCUUAGAAUGUAUUGAAUUAAUGAAAUAAAUAAAUUAAAAUGCUUUAGGUUGGUAGCAGAGCGAUCAAAUGUUGUCACAGCGAUGAAUUAAAUAUGCUAGAUAAGUAUGCAUAAAAUGAAGAAAAUCUCCAGUACAAGCUAUAAAAAACUUAAGGAUAGUAAUUUAAAAGUAUUGUUACGAGUAAAAAAAAUCCUACCUUCAAGUAUUUAUAACUCAUACUGGAGAUUUUAUUCAAUUUCAUAUCAUCUGCAUACCCUCUGUGCACGCCACUGAUUAUGCAGUAGUAUUAAAACCGUCAAUAGAUUAAUCAGGCUUCAAAAAUGGAUCAGAGAUUAGCCGUACCACACUUUUCCAACCAUCCAUCGACUGAAAUACGAUAAGUAGAAAAAUGGGGUCAUUCCACUUUUCUACUCAUUUAAAGUUACUUCCUUACCCGCAGUAGAUAACUACUCGAGUUUUUAAAUUAUCAGCAAAUCGGUCGCGGAGGCUGGAAAGGUGUGAUAGCAUUCGUUUAAGAUUGAAUAGAUGUACUUUUUAAUUUUUUUUACUCUGCUGGAACAGGUUAAAUCUUGACGCACAUUAUGUUUUUUUGCGUAUUAACUAUAACGACAAAUUUACAUUGAAGUUUUGUACAAUUUGUAACUGACCUACAAACCGAUAACAUCAUUACAGAAUCAGAACAAUCAAGGUGAUUUUGCUUGAGACUCAAAGGAUUUUGUUGUCUUGUUUUAGUUCAUUUACACUAAUAUCUCUGGUAAAAAAAAGGAUAAGAUACUUCGUACUUGGCGAGCAGAAUUAACACAUAUAUAAAUAUUGUCUAUAAAGACUUAAUCUCAUAAGUAUUAAUGUAAUAUGAUACCUAACUAUUUUUGUACAAAUAAAUUUCCCAAAUAUCCACAAACAUCAGCCGUCAAGACUGUUUAUAGACCUACAGAUUUAACGAUUGUCUUAACAAAAAUAAAAACAUAUAAAUAAUUAUUAGUUUAACAUAAACAGUUUUGAUGUUUUAUGUUAUUGGAUCUAAAAUUAGCAAUCAAAUAUAGCAAAGAUCAAGACUGAUUUAUUGACUAACUUUAUCGUAACAGAGUUACGAAUAGAACUCGACUGAAUAAAUGCUCAAGACUGGUAAAAUAUAUCACUAAUAUUUGUUUAUGACAAUGCGCGGAUGUUAUUAUUAAGGCACAUAAAAAGUAAUAAAUAUUUUGCCUCAAUUAAGAACCGCGUACUGUCUUUAAUGAGCUGGCAAGUGUUCUUCGUGAAUUUUAUGAGAUUUAUUAAAAAAGUAUUUUUUUAAGGUUUUUUUUAUAAGAUUUUUAUCUUAGCUUAAAGCGAUACGACAAUUUGAUCUCUUAUUAUAGACUCGUAUAUUGUUGAAGUAAACGGGCCGUGUGCCGUAAUCCAGUUAGAUAUAAGCAUAAUUCCUUUUUUUAUACAUAGAAUUAAGUAAUCAUAUAAUCGCGAGAACCUGCAUGUUUUAUUUUUUGAUUUUAACCCUUUUUAAACACAUUUUAACCGAAUACAUUGAUAAUCCAGACUAAGUUUAUAAAUAAUUAUUAUGUUAAUAGAAAUCUCCUCGCAGUUUUAAGUUUUGAUUUAUAUUACUGAAGAUUUCGCGUCCAUUUUUUUUUAUCAAAUUUUGCCAAUUGAUAUAUGAUCUUUUAUUGUCAUAUUUUAAUGAAUAUGCUUUUAAAAAGACAAAAUCGUUAUUGGCCUAUGACAGAUAAUGAAUCAGUAGAACAUAAAAUAUCGUUGAAAAUCUUGGACCGCAUUUGACUUUAUCUGAAAACUCGUUUAUGAGGAACGUUUUUAUUUUCAGCGGUUACAUAAGUGACAAUUAAGGUGGAAACACACUUGUAACAAGCGAUCCCAACUCUUUGACACGCGACACGUGAUCCAAUUUGAAUUGUAGCAUGUACUUUCUAGUGUCUAUGACUAGGAUCGCACUGGAUACCACACACGGUACGUCGCGUAAGAUGUGGUGUGACUCCAGUUUACUGCGACUUGUUAAUUAGACUUUACACACGUGGCGUUUUUUAUAUGUGUUUCCAGCCGUUUAUUCAUCGGUCGCAAUGCUGAAACAAUUUUAAUCGAUUAACAUUUUAUAAAUCAUUGUGUUCGUGAUUGCAGAUUUACGUUAUUUUUUACAGAGUAUUUUAAGUGCAUUUUUGAUUUUAACCACAUUAACAUGCUAAUUUAUUUUUGAAUGCUAUUUUUGUUUUAGAUAUUUAUUUAUGAUAUAUAGACUCCAGUAAUUGAUUUGAUACAUAAUGAUUGCGUUCGUGUAAAACUACAAUAGUAUCCUCAAGUUAUGAUUUAUAUUAUUGAUCACCAUUGAUUUAUGUAUCAAUUCAUAUACUUUUUAUUAUAGUUCGCUUAUGAGAUCAUUUAUUAUAUGUAAUUGUUUUAAUCAUGAACUUGUGAUUAUGAUUUACUGUUUUAAAGUUUGAUUAUGAGAUGUUUAGAAGACUAUUAGGUUUAGUGAUUAUGAAAUAUAAGUAUUAAACGUUUUAGUGCUAAAUAUAAUUUUAAGGCAGUAUGUUAAAAAUAUGAGCUAAGAAUUUACCCGUUAACUCUGUUUUGGUUUUUUUAAUUUUAGAUUUAAAAGAAGUUUUGCACGAUCGGUUUUUAGUUUUUGCC